CGCACCGGUCCCCAGCAUGGCGGCCGCCUGCGCCUCCGGGCAGGCUGUUCCCGAAACCGUGGCUGUCCAGCUACUGGGUGUCCUGUGGUUCGUGUCAGUCACCACCGGACCCUGGGGAGCUGCCGCCGCCGGGGGCGAGGAGACGCUUAAGUGCGAGGACCUCAAAGUGGGACAAUAUAUUUGUAAAGAUCCAAAAAUAAAUGAUGCCACACAAGAACCAGUUAACUGUACAAACUACACAGCUCAUGUUCCAUGUUUCCCAGCACCCAACAUAACUUGUAAGGACUUCAGCGGCAAUGAAACACAUUUUACUGGAAAUGAAGUUGGUUUUCUCAAGCCUGUAUCUUGCCGAAAUGUAAAUGGCUAUUCAUAUAAAGUGGCUGUUGCACUGUCUCUUUUUCUUGGAUGGUUGGGAGCAGAUCGAUUUUACCUUGGAUACCCUGCCUUGGGUUUGUUAAAGUUUUGCACUGUAGGGUUUUGCGGAAUUGGGAGCCUAAUUGACUUCAUUCUUAUUUCAAUGCAGAUGUGAAGUGAAGCUGGAGCUCUUGGCAACCAGUUGGAGUACCUGUCUGCAGAGUGAAGGCCAGUGGAGCUGAGCAAAGAGCAGGGGCCAAAUCAGGGCCCUCGUGGGCAUGGCCUCAGUCCUGAGGCCUUGCUUCCUGCUGCUCAUUUGAUCCUGUGAGCUUCCCAGUAUCUUUUCCAGCUUACUUGAGUCACUAAAUUAC